UYGGGCUUAACGGUAAUGGGCGGGUUCGAGUAGACAAGCGUAAACGAAAGACUCGAAGACUUCUCUUUAAAGCGCUAGUAAUAUAUUUAUAACUCGGCAUUGGAGGCGAGAAGGACAUAUUCAGUUAAAAAAAAUAGUACUUCUGCCAUAACGGUUCAUAGCAAUAUUAUAAAACUAAGUUAAAGUGUUGAUAGUGUCUUAUACGAAACCGUUAAGUUAAGAUGCCACAGCCAAGCAUUAAGUGGAAAAUUCGAUACAGUCUGAGCAUCUUUAGUGCGAUUUGUCUGGCGCAGGCAGCUGCCGCUUACACACGCGAAAUUAUCAAUAAUGCGCCUCAGUUGCAAGAACGACCAAAUUGGUUACAGACCUGCAAACGUGCAAAUCCCAACGAAGAGAAAUGUUUUCGACGCCUAUUUGAGGGUUGUUUUCCCGCUUUUGCGGCCGGCAUACCGGAGAUCGGUAUAAAAAGUUUCGAACCGCUGCACAUAGAUCAGGUUUCGGUAUCAAAGGGUAGCGGCAACUUAGUGCUUUCAGGCGGCUUUCAAAAUCUAAUCAUUCGUGGACCCUCAAAUGCAACCGUGCGGCGCGCUAAUCUGGACCUUGAGAAGAAAUUAUUAAAUUUUGAGCUGGACAUACCGUUACUGCGCAUACGCGCAAAGUACAACUUGAAGGGUAAUAUAUUGCUUCUGCCGCUGGUUGGUAACGGCGACGUGCGCAUGGCUUUGAAGGAUGUAAAAACUGCUGUUUACACCAAAAUACAUUUAAGCAAUGAACCGGAGGAAGUCAUACGCAUUGACGAGAUGAAGGUUACGUUCCAUGUGGGCGCGAUGCGCAUUCACCUGAGUGACCUGUUCAAUGGCAAUGAGAUAUUAGCCGCUUCCAUCAACAAUUUCCUCAAUCAAAAUGCAAAAGAGGUCAUUGCUGAACUGCGCCCUGAUUUGGAGUUGGGUUUAGCGGAUAUUUUCCAUGGUUUAUGGAAUAAUGUGUUCUCGAAGAUGCCACUAAAAUUAUGGUUGCUGUGAUUAUGUCUUUAAUUGCUUUUGUUAUUUUUGUUGUUUAUUGUAUUUAUUUGUAUGUAAAUUAAA